AGCCCUGGUGGGCCAGGGUGGAUUGUGAUAGCGACAGAUGUCUGAGGGCCACUCCUCCUUCUCACUAGUCGCACUCUGCACCUCGGAGAGUCUGCAGCUGUCACUCGCGAGGCUUUCAACCCCAUUAUCAUCAUUCUUCCAGUCCGUCUGAGAAACUCUCAAAUACAGGUUACACCAUGGGAGGGAAACUGAGCAAGAAGAAGAAGGGUUAUGACGUGAGCGACCCCAAAGAGAAGAAGGAUGAUGCUGCGGCAACAACUGCAACUGAGGAAUCUGGCAAUGCGGAGGAUGCUGCACCGCCGGCAGAAGCUCAGGUGACAACGGAAUCGGGAAACGUAGAAGAAGAGGCUGUGGGCUCAGCUGUGGCAGCAGUAACUGAAGCAGAGAAAGCUCCGGAAGAGCAAGCAGAAACUGUUGCAGUACAAGUCACAGAAGAAUCAGUCCAAGAAGAACCAGCCUCAGUCAAGGCAGAAACAGCUCCAGUUCCUGAAGAACCAGUCGCAGACAAGGCAGAAACAGCUCCGGUUGUUGAAGAAACAGUCGCAGUCAAGGAAGAAGUCGCUUUGGUACCGGAAGAGCCAAUAACGGUCAAAGACGAAGCAUCUCCGGUAAUAGAAGUGUCAGUAACUGUCAAAGAAGAAGUAGCUCCAGAACUACAAGAACCAGUGGCAGUCAAAGAUGAGGCAGCUCCAGUACCAGAAGAACAACCUUCGGUCAAAGAAGAAGCUGCUUCUGUAUCUGACGAACCAGUCACAGUCAAAGAAGCAAUAGCAACAGAAGAAGAGGACACAACCGCAUCAACAGAAAAGGCACUAGAAGGGCCAGGAGAGGCGGCUCCUAUAACGGAGGAGCCAAUAGCAGUCCCAGAGGAAGAAGCACCUAUAGUCAGUUCCUCCGCUGUCCCAACUGAAGCGGAACCAGAGUCUGCAGCUUCUAGAGCAGAAGAACCCAUCAAAGAACCAGAGGUUAUUCCUGCCAGUCCAGAGGAGGCCCCCGAAGAGCCAGAACCGAGUCCAGUGAUUGUUACUGAGCCAGAGGUCAUUGAACGAGUCGCUGAGCCAGUUCCAGAGCCAGAUAAAAUCCUUGCGUCUGAACCAGAGCCGGUCGCAGAGUCUGAGCCAGAACCAGAACCAGAGAAGAAGGUUGACGCAGAUGAACCGGAGGAUCAAGGCCAAGAAGAUGAGCCUGAAACAACGGUAACCAUGGAUGGACUUGAGACUGUGGAUGCCGAGAAGGUCCAAAACGAACAGCUGCCUUCAGAGGAGGAAUCAGCUGCAGGGGGGGAUUCUUGCACUAAAGUUGAACCAGAAGUAGCACCACCCGAUGUGGUUGCGGAGGUUUGCGUGACAGAGGUGCCUUGCCCAGAGAGUCAGGUCGAAACACCGAUGGAAAAUGGCAAUAUUGAGGAUGUGGUGGAAGUGGCCUCUCUCCCAGUUGUGAACGGAGAGUGUGCACACCCAGAGGGAUGCGUUAACGGUAUUGAAAAGUCAGUGGAGUCGCCUGUCAAGAAGCCCGGCGACUUUGAACUGAAAAUGGACGUUAAUCUGAGCGGGGACGUCCCAGAACCCCCAGAGGGCGUCGCCGCCACGGUGGAGUCUCUCAGCACCGAGGUCACCCAGGAAGUGUGAUGAAGCCACCGUACCUUUUCAAACUAAUGUGAAUUUUGACAAAUCUCCCAGAGACGCCAGAGAGUCAUCAAAGGUGUCGUUUAAAAACAACGAGGCUUUCGCGGCAACUCGGGGCAAUCAUGUAUUUCGCUUUCGAGUCGCCGAAGCGCGGUCACGUGACGAUUGAGAAAAGCAAAGGUAGAUAGCGAGUGAGACGGGAGCGCUGGGGACAGACCUGCAAUUUGGAGGGGUGAGUGCCGCCCAUAACACCGCACGGCCCAGUACAAACCAUACCGGACAGGCAUAAAUAUGUUAUUAAUGAAUGAAAUGAUUAACUCUGUCUUUGUUUGUGAGCCCAAUUAAUACGACGUUCAUAUAUUGUUUCUAUUACGAGGCGUACUUCUUUUGGCCCUUAAUAACAACUGUUGAAUUCAAAGUGAUUGUUUCUGAAGAGAGAAUAAAAAAAAGAUUGUUCUAGCCCAAAA